AUGUCCUGGUUUCAAAAAACACUCACCCUCCCCUCCAAAUCACGCGGCUCCUACCUCAUAACCGACACCAUAACGCGCGACCUCCCCGAAAUAAAAACUUACAAAACCGGCAUCCUGCACCUCUUCAUCCAGCACACGUCCUGCGCGCUCUCCCUCAAUGAGAACUGGGACGAGGAUGUUCGGGCUGACAUGAGCGACGCGCUCGAUCGUAUUGUUCCCGAGGACAGGAAAGGCGGAUUAUACCGCCAUGACGCUGAAGGAAGCGACGAUAUGCCUGCGCAUGUGAAGAGCGCCUUGGUAGGGGCCAGCAUCAGCAUUCCGAUUACGGAUGGGAGGCUGGCGACGGGGACGUGGCAGGGGAUUUGGUAUUUGGAGUUUAGGGCGGCGAGGCAUAGUAGGAAGGUCGUGGCUACGAUUCAGGGAGAGAAGAUGUGA